GGCGUCGCUGCCACAGCGCGCGGUGUAGCCAGAACUGGCCUCAGGGCGACGGGGCGUCUGCUCCCCCAUUUCGAGACGCCGGCGGGUGCGAGGGGGGCCAGGGCUCGAGGAGCUGCGCCUCCGAGAACGGCCAAGUCCCGCUGGGGGUUGUCGCGAAAAGGAGAGGCCAUCCCUGUGCUCGCUGGGCUUCAGGGAAGGGUCUGGGCGCCGGUGCUUUGGGUGGCGAAGGGGCGCCCCGGGCUCGGACGGCGUCUGCGGUGCGGGGGCGGGUUCGUUUUGCCCAAGUCCGGGGCCCCGGGGCAGCGGGGUGCUCUGCUUCUAGCCCGAGAGAGGCCUUCGGAGAUCUGGGUGCACGGAAGGCGGCGGACUGAGAACGAAGAGUGCGAGGUCCCCGCCACCAAAGCCCCGAAGCCGGGGUGUCGGUCGCGGUGGUUUCUGGUCCUUGGCAGAGUUUCUAAAGCGAUGCCCAGGGUCAGUUCCCACCGGAGAAAGCGGCCACGGGUCCGUGUGUGGCCUGAACCUCGGGGCGGGCACUGUCGCGACGCUUGGCCCGUGUUCCGAUCUCGGGAGGACGGGUCCUGUGUGAACGGCCAGCGUGGGCGCCUCGGUCGCCUGCUCCUGUGCGGGAAGUGUCCUCAGCAGCGGUGCGCCGCGCGGGCUCGGUCCGCGGAGGGAUGGAACACGGAGCGUUUUCUGCCUCCUCGCACGUGCCCGGCCCGUUUCGGGGCUGAAGCUCCUGGUGUGUACCCCAGUCUCUUGGGCUUAUUUUUAUGGCUCUGCUUUCCGGGCUGCAGCGUUUUCAGUCACUGCGUUUCGUUGUUGACGUUUUUACAGAGCAAGGGGUGGCAAAGUUGCUGCAGGAAUUUCGUUAGUCGUUGCCAAGAGUUUUCACAGCAUCUUGUCCCGCUUGUCGCCCUUGGACCCGGACACACCCGGCUGUCACUGUCCCGCGUGCCUCCAGCCUGCCUCAUGCAACAGGCUCCUUUGUUGCAAAAGCACUUUUAACGGGUGGAUCCCGCGGGAGCGCACGUCUCCCACCCUGGGAAGGGGACUCCCAGAGACCCAGAGAGCUGGUUAUUCUUUAUGUCUUUAAAGAUAAGCAGGCGUCCGGCGGCGUUGGCCACCAUGGAGUUCCCCGUGCGGGCAGGGGAGCCCGCGCUUCUCCGGUCCCGGGGUGGAUCUGGCCUCCUCCGCCCUCCUCCAGGGCCAACUCCGGGGGCUGGCGCGCCGGGCAGGAUGACAGUGAAGUUGGGCGACGGCGGCAGCGGGGAGGACGGGCUCAAGAAGCUGGGUAAGCGGGCGGCCGAUGAGGAGUCCCUGGAAGGUGAAGGGGCCGGCGGCGCAGACGCGGCCGAGGAGAGCAGCGGCACAAAGAGGGAGGAGAAGAGCCCCCGGGCCGGUGCAGACGGCACCCCCGCACCCCCCAGCGCGCCCCAGGCGCCGUCUCCGCCGCAAGGCAGCCCCCAGGACCAGCACCACUUCCUCCGGUCUAGCGUGCGGCCGCAGAGCAAGAGGCCCAGGAAGGACCCUCCGAACGCCGUGGGGAGCGGCAACGCCGGUGGUCCGGGGCCCCGCGGAAAAGGAGCCGAAGGUGGAGGAUCAUCAUCUGGAAAUGUGUCUGGGGUUGCCUCUGCUGCCCCUGCAGGGGCCUCGCGCUCCUCCUCCCGGAACUUAGGGUCUUCUGGUGGUGAGAAAGAAGAAGGCAAAAAGGUCCGGCGGCAGUGGGAGUCGUGGAGCACCGAGGACAAGAACACCUUCUUCGAGGGGCUGUACGAGCAUGGGAAGGACUUUGAAGCGAUUCAGAACAACAUUGCCCUGAAGUACAAGAAGAAAGGCAAGCCAGCGAGCAUGGUGAAGAACAAGGAGCAGGUCCGCCACUUCUACUACCGCACCUGGCACAAGAUCACCAAGUACAUCGACUUUGACCAUGUGUUCUCUCGAGGCCUGAAGAAGUCUUCCCAGGAGCUGUACGGCCUGAUCUGCUACGGCGAGCUGCGCAAGAAGAUUGGGGGCUGUAUGGAUGACAAGAAUGCAACAAAGCUGAAUGAGCUCAUUCAGGUUGGGGCCACCACUGUACGUUACAAAGGGCGGAACCUGCGGAUCAAAGCGCCCAUGUGCCGGGCCCUGAAGAAGCUCUGCGAUCCGGAUGGCUUGAGUGAUGAAGAGGACCAGAAGCCAGUGCGCCUGCCCCUGAAAGUUCCCAUAGAGCUACAGCCACGGAACAACCAUGCCUGGGCCCGCGUGCAGAGCCUUGCCCAGAACCCGCGCCUCAGGAUGAUCGUGGAGCUGCAUCGAAAGGUCUCCAGCCUCAUCGAGUUCUUGAAGCAGAAGUGGGCGCUCCAUGAGGUGCGAGUUAGGAAGACACUUGAGGAGCGGCAGCUGCAGGACUCUUGCUCCCCACCGAUGCAGGAGAAGGUGACUCUGCACUUGUUCCCAGGCGAGAACUGCACGCUGACACCACUGCCAGGCGUGGCCCGUGUGGUACACUCCAAGGCCUUCUGCACGGUGCACUGGCAGGAGGGCGGCCGGUGCAAGCAGAGUGCCAAGGAUGCCCAUGUGCUGCCCCCAGCCCAGAUUCUGGGCAUCCAGAGUGGGCAGGGCACGGCCCGGGGCCAGGUGAAAUGCCCGAGGGGCGGAGCUGAGGGCAAGGGUGUGGGGCGGCCCCCUCCUGCGGCUGAUGCCUCGCAGAGCUCCGGAGAGAGUUCCCCCGAAAGUGCCCCUGGGGAAGGGGUCAUCCUAAGCUUGAGUAGCCCGGAUGCUCCCGACAGGCCUCCCCCCAGGCACCAGGACACGGGGCCAUGUCCUGAGAAGACCCCUACAGAAGGCAGGGACAGCCCCAUCCGGGAGCCAGGGGCCUUGCCAUGUGCCUGUGGUCAGCUUCCAGACCUGGAGGAUGAGCUCUCGCUCCUAGACCCCUUGCCCCGCUACCUGAAAUCCUGCCAGGACCUCAUUGUCCCGGAGCAGUGCCGCUGUGUAGACAUGCGGCCUGGGAGCGAGCAGCCAGCUCCGGGCCGGGCAGCCUCCCCAGAGGUGCUGGCUCCUGUCAGCAAGGAGCCUGUUGACCUUGCCCCUGCUGGGCCGGCCCCAAGGCCCGGCCCUGGGCUCUUGUCGGAUGUUUGCACUAAAGACUCGGCAGAUGCACCUGCAGAGGAGGUCCAGGAAAAGGGGAGCCCUGUCGAGCCUCCGCUGCCUCAGGGACAGCCUGUCGCCAGACCCCCAAAGGAGGUCCCUGCCAGCCAGCUGGCACAGCAGCUCCGUGAGGAGGGCUGGAACCUGCAGACCUCCGAAAGCCUCACGCUGGCUGAAGUCUACCUCAUGAUGGGCAAGCCCAGCAAGCUGCAGCUGGAGUACGACUGGCUGGGGCCUGGCCGCCAGGACCCCCGCCCUGGCUCCCCAGCCACCACCCUCCACAAGCAGCGCCUCCUCAGCUGCCUCCUGAAGCUCAUUUCCACCGAGGUCAACCCCAAGCUGGCUCUGGAAGCAAACACUGUCUCUACAGUGAGGCCGUCCCAGGAGGAGCAGUCAACAACGCCCCCAGGGAAGGUGGUGACCGUCAGCUCUAGAAGCCCCCGCUGCCCUCGGAACCAGGCCACCCUCCGCAGCAGCAAGACCUUCCCGCCCAGCUCUGCACCAUGCCCCUCAGGUUUGAGAAACCCUCCAAGACCCCUCUUGGUGGCUGGUCCCGCCAGCACAGGAAGCAGUGACUCAGAUGGCAGCCUUUUUGCUGUCCCAACAACCUUGCCACCCAACAGCAGACACGGGAAGCUCUUCUCUCCCAGUAAAGAUGCGGAGCUGACUUUCCGCCAGCAUCUCAACUCCAUCAGCAUGCAGUCGGAUUUCUUCCUGCCAAAGCCCCGGAAGCUGCGGAACCGACACCUUCGGAAGCCACUGGUGGUCCAGAGAACGCUGCUCCCUAGACCGUCAGAAAACCAGUCCCACAACGUUUGUUCCUUCUCCAUCCUGUCUAACUCUUCGGUCACUGGGAGAGGUUCGUUCCGGCCCAUCCAGUCUUCUCUGACCAAAGCAGCUCUGUCUCGGCCGAUCGUGCCCAAGGUUCUUCCACCCCAGGCCACGAGUCACCUGGCCAGUACUGUCGACUUAGCAGCUACGAGUGCCGGCAUCCUCCCCGGGAACCCCCUCCCUGCCUUGGACACCGAGGGCUUGUCUGGUAUCUCUCCACUGUCUUCAGACGAGGUGACAGGUGCCGUCUCUGGGCAGGACCCCACUGGAACUCAUCAGAAUGGAGACGCCCUCCCCACCAUGGGGGGCUCGGACCCGUUCAUCAGCAUCCCUUCGAGACCCGAGCAGGAGCCAGUGGCGGACAGUUUCCAGCAGGGUUCUUCUGUUCUCUCCUUAUCUGAGCUGCCCAAAGUCCCUCUCCAAAAUGGCCUCUCCGCACCGCUGUCCUCGGCAGAGAGCUCCAGCACCCGGCUGUCUCCACCAGACGUCUCUGCUCUGCUUGACAUCUCCUUGCCCGGCCCGCCUGAGGAUGCGCUGUCCCAGGGCGAGUCUGCCACACACAUCAGCGACUCCAUCAUCGAGAUCGCCAUCAGUUCCGGCCAGUACGGUGAAGGUGUUCCUCUUUCUCCAGCAAAACUGAAUGGCAGUGACAGUUCCAAGAGCCUUCCCUCCCCAUCCAGCAGCCCCCAGCCAAACUGGAUUGCCUCUCCCACCCACGACCCCCAGUGGUACCCCAGUGACUCCACUGACUCCUCGCUCAGCAGCCUGUUCGCAAGCUUCAUCUCCCCAGAGAAGAGCCGGAAGAUGUUGCCCACUCCCAUUGGAACCAACAGUGGCACUUCCUUGCUUGGCCCCAGCUUGUUGGAUGGAAACUCAAGGGACUCAUUUGUGUCCAGGUCCCUGGCUGAUGUCGCAGAGGUUGUGGAUUCCCAGCUGGUGUGCAUGAUGAAUGAGAACAGCAUCGAUUACAUUUCUCGGUUCAACGACCUGGCCCAAGAGCUGUCCAUCGCUGAGCCUGGCCGCCGAGAAGUUCUGUUUGAUGGUGGUGGAGGCGGCCCCCCUGUCAGUGACUCGUCCCAGUGACCACACGUCCUGGUGGCAGACGAAGCCCUCUUCCAGCUAGAGAAAAACAGAUCAAGCCCAGGAGCCCCAGAGGAUGGUCUGAACAGAGGCAUCUCCGCACCCAUGACUGUGCAACAGGCAGGAAUGUGGUCACAGAGCUGCUUCCCCACGAGCAGCAGGCAGUGGCGUCCCAGGAGACCAGGACGAGCUCUUGGGCAGGGCCGACGUUAGAAAUGGCUGUGGUGCUGGAGCAGGUCUUCACCACGCCCGGGCCCACAUUACGGUCUGCAUAGUGAUUCCGUUUCAGCCCAAGCUCUUCCUCGAUUGUUGUGUUGGAUGUAACCGUGGUGUUUCUUUCUGAGACAAGGGAGUGUGUGUGCCUUGGUAUAGUUGCCUCGUGCUAGGAGCUGUGAUCUACCACUGCAGGGAGGCCCCAGCUCCUGCUGCUUGAUUUUUGCCAAACCUGUGCCAUGCUUCAUCUGUACCCUCUGUGGAAUGUAACGGGCAGGACAGUUGGUUGUGGCCUAGGCUUGUGCCGCGUGGUGUCGCACCCUGAAGCUGCAAGCGCACAGAUGCUGAUCCCAGGGCUGCUGAGGAGUCCUGGGGCCCUGGGCUGGUGCCUCUUCUGUUUAUAGGUUUUGUUUGAUGUCUCUUAACAGGAAGUGGGGCAACAAGAGUCCUGUGCUAUGCAGGUUAUGUGGACUUUACAUGGGACCCUGCUAAGCUGGUUGAAAAUGUUUUUCUUGUGUUUUAAGGAUUAGGAGACAUGGAAGAGGAAGAACAAAGUCCCCUCUGUAGUUGGUUUCCUUCCUGUGUCCCUUUGUAAGCUUCCAGGUGACCCGAGGUGUCAUUUGUUUCUACUAACGUGACCUCUAAGCACUAAUAGGAUUACCACAAAAACUUUCCCGAUAAGUUCUGAAACUCGAUCCGUGACUAUUUGGCACUUAGGACAAGUCCACCUUUGCAGGGAAAGUGUCUUGUGGGCACGGGUGUGGGCAUACCUGACGUGUGUUCAGUCCCUUUGUACCUUUGCCUUGAGACAGCUGUGUCUCCUUUCCAUUUGGGACACCCACACAAGGGCCCAGACGUCUGGGUGUGGUCACACGUCACCAAAUGUAUGCCUUGGUGGUGGUUUUCCUCCUCGCACCCUUUCAGGUGGCCAGCAUUCCUACUGCAGACUGCCUAACAUCCAGUCUUUCCCAGGAUGAAGCUAACAAGGGCCCUUUUGCCUUCUCAGCCUCAGGAGUUCCAAGCACAUGAGUCACUGUCCAGCCACAUCCAGUAUGGCCUGGAGCUGCUAAGAGGUGCUGGGCAGGCCAUGCCUCUGCUGCCAUCGCUCCCUUCCUGCCUCAUCCCCCACAGUAGCUGGGAUUGAUUGUGCUUUCCUAACCCACUUGGACCUACUCUUCCUCUCCCCUCACACAUGUGGCAUGUAAGGCCAGCCCUGGCCCCUCCCGUUUCUCUCCCCCUCCACAAUGGAGACGGUGAAAAGAAGGGAAAGACCUUGGGUGUGGACAAGCAGGUGGACACUCUCCAUCCUGCAGUCUCACCAGUCCACUGUCCACCACAGCCACUGUAGACCAUUGGGAGGACGUGGAGAGGACAGUGGACUUCCAGGCAAGGGCAUCCUUCUUGUGUCUUACGAGUUUUUCUUGGAGCUCUUGCCUGAGCUGGCUUCCCUCAUUCAGACCUUAACAUGAGAUCUUAAGCAAACAGUCCCAGAGCUCUUGGAUGUGGAAAAAAAAACUUGGUGCCCCUUGAUUGGGAGAGACAGCAGUGUUUGAGCCGCAACAUCUUUAAACAUGCUUGUGUUUUUGUGCUUAAUAUAUCAGCUUCUGAAAUUAGCAUCUCAUGGAGCCAGAGAAAGAGAAGUAGAUCUCCCUCUGGGCAUCUGACUUUGCUGUGUCAGGGUUAGGCUACCAGGCCGAGUUUAGACCACUGCAAGCUUUCUCAUACUCCCAUGGGCUAGACCAGAGAUGCCAAGUCGUAACAGCAUUGAGCUGCAUGCGCUGUGCCAGGGACAGCAGGGUUCAUAACUUGCCUGUCAGGGCACCUGUUACUCCCAAGUGCGGUGGAGCUUUGAGGUCGGGGUCUGCAUGCGCUGUGCCAGGGACGGCAGAGUUCAUAACUUGCGUGUCAGGGGCACCUGUUACUCCCAAGUGCGGUGGAGCUUUGAGGUCGGGGUCUGCCUUUGUAGACUCUUUAGACAGUAUCUAUCACUUGGUUCUGCAGGGUGGAGCCACGCAAUGACUGUAGCCACUGCCACCCAGUGGGUAGGUAGAUGGGUCAGGGAGGACUCGUCUCCUGUAAUCAAGCUGACAGGGUUUUAGAGGAUUCUGCUUCUCUAGUAACCGGACAGGUGGUAACGCAUUUGCUUGCCACGUGAAGGGGAAAUGGUGUCAUUUGUUGGAGAAAAACAAUGGCUGCAUUUUCUCCUCCCUUCCACGAACACUGAUGUACAGAAAGAGGCGACUGUUCAAGGCUGGAGUUUUUGAAAGAUCCAAACAGAGAAGCCUUCCACUUCCUGUACGUUCUGCCUUUCUAAAGGAAGCGGCGAUCGGCUCGGCAUGAGCCUGUGGCUUCCUUUGUGCAUUCGAGCAUGCUGUAAUUAAGAUGAGAUCAGCUUUUAGAAAAAGCUUUCCCAAACUCUUAGGUUGUCUGAUCCACCUUUCCUGGAGACUGGGGCAGAGUGUCUGUGGUGCAGGGAAGUCGGUCCUCUGGCCUCGGCUCUGCUGUGGAUGUGCAGUGAUGCGCGAGAACUGCGGUGCCUGCAAGGACACCGAGUUCAUGGCUUCCGGGCUGUUUGGUCCUUCUGUGGCUUGUAGCCCGAGGGUGCCAGUUCAGGGAGUGGGGUCUUGGCAGCGUUUCCACAGUUGGUCUUGCUUUGCUCCCACCUCCGGGUGCUAGGCAUCAGGGCCGUGACCUCAUUUCUGUGAUGGCCCUUUUGAAUAGCAUCUUUUGUUUUUUUGUUUUUUGUUUUUUUGAGACAGUCUCACUCUGACCAGGCUGGAGUGCAGUGGUGCUAUCUCAGCUCACUGCAAUCUCUGGCUCCUGUCUUCAAGCGAUUCUCCUGCCUCAGCCUCCCAAGUAGCUGGGACUACGGGCAUGCACCACCACACCGUCUAAUUGUUUGCAUUUUUAGUAGAGACAGGCUUUCAACAUGUUGGCCAGGAUGGUCUCAGUCUCCUGACGUUGUGAGCCGCCUGCCUCGGCCUCCCAGAGUGCUGGGAUUACAGGCAUGAGCCACCACACCGGCCAGUCUGAUAGCAUCUUUAAUCAGAUCACAGCAUUGAAUUCAAACUCUGCCAAGAAAGUCGGGGGGCAUAAGGCCCCGAAGCGACAGAGGAGGACCUUGGGCUCGAGCAGAUGCAUUUGUCAGGAAAUACGGCACUUUGUCUUAAGAAAACAAGGAAAGAAACCUGCAGCACACCCUUUGCGGCCGUCAGCGCUCUGCUGAUGUCACAGUGGCCGCGCGUCCUUGGGGUGGGUGAGGUGUGGGGAGUCGAGCCCCUGGCCCUGCCUCCUGCGCCCCGCACUCCUCUCCCUUCUCAGUUAAGCCAUAGCGAGGCCUCUGCUCGUUUCAGAUGUGAAUUUGUUUUAUAGAUUAUAAAUAUGCAUAUACAGUGUAUGUAUAAAGCAGAAUGCCUGCCUUUCCUGGUUAUUUUUUGUACCAUAUUGUAAAUUAUAUUAUUUAUUCUUUACCAAUUUUGGGAAUAAAAGGUGUUUUGGUUAUUUAAUAUAAUAAACAAGAGCUGUUAAACUUCUGUUUAAAUUUCCAGUUCAACUUGUAAAUGUUUUUAUUGUGCAUAAAUACAUACUAAUGUUGAUCUAA